AUGGGACCGUCCAUGACAGGGACGUUGUGCUGGUACAUUAGCCCUUUGCCAGUUGCCAUGAGUCAUGACUUCCCGAGGAUAAGAGCUACAAAGUCAACCCUAACACACCGUGCGGUUGCAGCUCGUGCUGUGUAUUCCUUGCGGAGAAAUUUUAAGAGCCGCAAAGUUUUAAAGUCAGCUGCUAAAAAACAAGAUUAUACAGCAGAUCUUGGAAGCUGGAACCUAAGAAGCAAAAUGAAUAAGAAUAAUAAUAUCCGAUUCUACGAGUCAAAGGCAACACCCCCAAAAUAG